AAUUAGAAAAAUACACAUAAGCAGUUCUAUAGUUCUACUUAAUGCCACGGCAAGUGCUGCGACUUGUGACUGUGGAUAGCGUGGAUAGGGUGGAUGGGUGGAUAGUGUCGUGUUGUAAGAUGUUGUGUUUGUUAGUUGUGGUUUUCCUAGGUGGGCGUUUAUUUGCCGUGUGACAGGAAACCACACAUUUUAUUAUACAAAAGUUGGUUCUUUGUCAACAGUAUGUUUUACAAAGAUCAGCAUUUAACCUGUUUGGCUUAUGCGGGUUAAUAUGUCACAUUCUGACUACUAAUUUGUGCUAAAAAAUAGAAACAUGAAAUACUGUGAGCAGCUGAGAAAUGUGUGUUGCUUCUGAUAAAUGGUGGGUGUUCCUUUAAGUGGGUCAUGUAGCACAAUGUGUAGAUAAGCACAGUUACUUAAUGUGUGUGGUCUGUUCCUAAGACCAGAGCAUAAAGCUCAUUUAGCCAUGGAUAACACUCUCAUUUCACAUCUGAGUGAUCAGACUGAAUCUCAGGACUUACACUGUCUUGACAGUGACAAGAACUGCCAUACUUAUAUUGAUGAGAGGAACAAAUUGCUUGCAGUUCCAACUGCAAGGCGAAGUGAUGGUGAUGAUAGUUCAUCCGUAGGUUCCAAAGAAGGACUUUUCAAUGUUCGGGCCAUCUUCUUCUUAGUUCUGUGGUAUUUCUUCAGUGGGUGUACUUUAUUCUUGAACAAGUACAUUUUGUCAUACAUGAAAGGAGAUCCAACAAUUUUAGGUACAAGUCAGAUGUUGAUGACAACAGUCUGUGGUUUCGUCCAAAUGUAUUUCCCUUGUGGAAUGUAUAAGCCCACACAGAGGUUGAUGCGUCCUCCUGGUUUCUAUCGACAUAUGAUGCUGGUGGGAUGCACCAGGUUUGCAACUGUGAUCCUGGGCUUGGUGGCCCUGAACUAUGUGGCCGUGAGCUUCACAGAAACCAUCAAGAGUUCAGCCCCUCUUUUCACUGUCCUCAUUUCUAGGUGUAUCUUAGGUGAAGCGACAGGCCUGUAUGUAAACCUGUCACUGAUACCUGUGAUGAGUGGACUUGCCUUGUGCUCUGCCAAUGAGUUGAGUUUUGAUACACGGGGAUUUGUGGCAGCCAUGGCAACGAAUCUGACAGAGUGCUUACAAAACGUGUAUUCCAAGAUGCUCAUCAGUGGAGAUAAAUUCAAAUAUACGCCUGCAGAGUUGCAGUUUUACACUAGUAUUGCAUCCGUGGUUGUGCAGAUACCAGCAUCAUUGUUCCUAGUGGACAUCAGGGGAGUCGAGAAGACUACUGACUCUGCACUGUUCUUAGCUUUCGUGUUGAAUGGCAUAUUUUUCCACUUCCAAAGCAUCACUGCCUAUGUGCUUAUGGAUUACAUUAGUCCUGUUACUCAUAGUGUUGCCAACACAGCAAAAAGAGCAUUCCUGAUCUGGUUAUCAGUGUUGCUGUUUGGAAAUCCUGUGACACUGCUGAGCGGGCUUGGAACAUGUACGGUGAUAGUGGGCGUGCUGUUAUACAACAAAGCGCAGGAGUACGACAGACUCAAGUUGAGCAAGGUUGGUGGCCACAGGAGAUCAGUCUCGAUAUCUAUCCAGUAACUGGACCUCUGUUAAAAGACAUUAAUGGGGCUCUGGAGAGAAAACUUUUUGGGUGUGCUGUUUGUCCAUCUCUUGCCAAUGAUAUGUCAUGUUGCUAUAUAAGAAGUGAAAAUGUAUAUUGUGUACUUAACACUAUUGCUUCAUCGCUAAAUGUGAGGUACACUCAGAUUCAACCCAUGAAUUUGGUGAUAUUGGACUAAGAAUAAUCUGUUUUUAGAAAAUUAAAAAUGGUGGUUCGUCAUCAUGUUUAUUGCUUCAGAACAAUGAAUUAUUUCAUUCAGAUGCAUAGAGAUAACUCAGGUCAUAGAUAAUAUGAACACUAGAUUUCAAAAGAUGUUAAAUAGACACAGACUUGUGAGUCUUUUGCAUUUUGGGCAAGAAAAUAGAGGAACAACACAAAAACAGUGACAGAAAAAGAAGUUUUUAACAUAAAGAUAAAUUAAAUGUCUUUGUUAUAAUUUUAUUUAUUCAGUUUUAGAAGUUUUAAAUAUCUUAAAGCAUAAUAUUACCAAGGAAGUCUGCUGCUGUGAGUGAUGUUUUUGUUAUUAAUUUGUCAGUAUUUCUAUGGGCAUUUGCAGUUUUCCUGCUUUGAAUGUCCUUAUUUUCCCAGGAACAUUCCUUUUCAGUAUUCGUUAGCUUUUCCGAACUCUUUAAAAAACCCUGGAGAGACAAAUACUUUGAGGUGACUGGAAUCGUAGUUUCUUGAACGUCUCAACAUAUAUUUAGGCAUUCUUCACAUGAAUUUUCUUUAUGAUAGAGCCAUGGCUGUAUUUAUGUAACAGUUGUCUUGAAGCCAAUUUCAGGCUUCUAAAUACAUUAUCUAAUAGAAGUUGUACAUCAAAAGUACAACAUAUAAUUUCAGAGCAGGGCAGAAUUUUAAAUUGCAGAUAUGACAACUUCAAGAAAGUCUUGUAAACGUUGUAUCUUAUACUCAAGGAACUUGGAGAAAAUGUGAAUACUAUCUCGAGAUCUUUGAAAGUCAAUCCUGUUUUAUCAAGUAAAUUUGGUGAAGGUGUGUUACACCGAGGAUUAGCAAGAUUCUGAACUCCUCCAUCAUCUCGUACUCCAGAGAACACAACAUUUGAGACACUGGCUCUCAUUCUGUCCUCAAGUGAAAGGGCAUGGAGGCACAUUGUCAAUUGAGUCCAUUCCAAGGAGCUUGUCUCAGUCACUUGGCAGUCAUUGGUCUUGUGACUGGUCCAACUACCCACAUCCUUUCACAUGAAGACAGAAAUAGAUCCAGUUUAUGAAGUACUGUGUACCUUAGAAUACUAGUAUGAAAACUCAAUACUGACUGUUUUAUCAAGCUUUUUAACUUUGUUAUAUUGUUAAGAGGACAUAGAAGGGGCUGACUUUAUGACUCAUGUGAGGGAAGGAAAUGAUUCAUAUAAAAUUAUAUUGGGGGGGGGGGUAUCAUAUAACACAUCCAUUUUGAAGACUGAGAAUGAAAUGUAAGGAUAAUAUUCAGCUGGAAAUUAUAGAAAUAGGUUAUGAUGAUAUGAACGGCAUUUAACUGGCUCAAGAUGGUGUCCAGUAGUGGGUUGUGCUAGCAGUAUUAGUGGUGUUUGUAUAUGAGUUGGCAUGAGAUGUUAGUACAAUCCACCAGCUUAAA